CAAAGUACAGUCAUCCAGCGUAGAAUGGGAUCGGAUAUGUAUAGAGAGCUUUCUGAGCUUCCGGUUCCGGUCGGGGCGCAGUUUCUUCACCCUGCUAAUAGUAACUCAACCGGCAUAGAAAUCGCUACCUCGAUCCGAGAUCAUGUUCGUAAUUCCAAGCGCACUAUGACAAAGUCCAUCUACGCGUCACAGGGGACCAUACGAUCUUCACUGCCUCAAGAUGUUAGCGAUGUGGUACUUUCAUCGCUUUCCCCCUCUCUAAAGUACCGUGCCAUCCUGAGGUCGAAGGAAGGAAAACGUUUUAUAGAAUUAUGGGUCGACGAUAGAUUAUUACAUCUAAAGGAUGUGACAAGCCUUCAUGGCGAUUUCAGUGGAGAUGAAUAUCUCUCCUCUUUAUCAUUUUCGCCGAAAGAAGAUUCGGUUAUAUAUACUGCUGAAGCGAAGCCAUCGGACACAGAGACCUUCCGAUAUAUACCUUCGUUCGGGGAGGGACUGACUGCCAGGAAGACCCCGGUGCUGUUCGUUUACCAUCCAGGAAACGAUACCCUAUCUCGCAUUGCUUUUGAUGGCCCAGUUAUUUACGGCCAGGCGCUCUUUGGCCCCUUCACUGAAUCCGAGACGCUAUUUGCCACCGGUUACGAGCGUACAUCCGACGAUCGACUCCUCGGAAUCAAGGGAUGCUUCAAUCGCCCCUCCGGUAUUUGGAAAAUAGAACUGUCCUCUCCGAUCUCCAGCAAUAUUAAUAAAGACUCAAAAGACAGUCUUCUCACCAUAAAGCCCAAAAAAGCGACUAAACUCACCUCUAACACCCUUUCAUGUCGAUCUCUCCGCAUCUACAAUCAACAUAUUUUGGUCUGGAUAGCCAAUGCGUCAGGCGGACCUCACGCUUCUUGCUCCACUCUGCAUUCCAUGGACCUGACUUCGAUCGAGGCGGGACAACCUCGGACGCUUGUGGAAUCCGUUUGGGAGCCAAAAGAAGAAGAUUUCCCCGGGCUUUACCUUGGGCCUGCGUUGGCGCGAGAUCCAUUUAUCCUUCAUCACGGAGAUCCUUCUGUACUCGUUACGUCGAUUUGGGGUUCUCGGAGCUCCAUACUGCGUAUAUCUCUGACAACGGGGAGAGUGGAGAAAGCCCUUGAUAUCACAGACGACUGCGAUGGCGAGUUUUGGAGUUACACCUUGCUGGCUGCUGACGGAAAGCAGCAGAUGGUGUUCUUCCGCAGCUCGCCCAGGAUUCCUUGCGAGCUGAUCUUAUAUGACUAUGACGUCUCCGGAAUCGGAGAGAGCUGGACAGAUCUAGCAUCCUUUGGUCCAAGUUCUGCGGAUACCCUCCGAGCUCUUCAAUCUUUAGAUGUCCAGAUUAUCAAGAUACCCGAUCAUUUCCCCGCUGAGACCAUCGUUGUUCGACCUAAGGAUCAAGCUAAUCUUCCUUGCGUGAUAAACCCGCAUGGCGGACCUCAUGCAACCACAACAACGGUCUUUGUACCUUCUACAUCCGCUCUAGCAAUCGAAGGCUACGCGAUCUCUCAGCCGAACUACACAGGUUCGCUUGGCUUCGGAGAGAAAUACGUCAGAGCUCUUAUGGGCCAAUGCGGCACAUUGGACGUAUCAGACUGCAUUGCAUCAGUGCGACAUAUUUUAUCCCUUGGCCUGGCCCAAGAGGGACCAGGGAAGCUAUUCGUAAUGGGAGGAAGUCACGGCGGCUUCCUCGCCGCUCAUUUGAUAGGCCAGUACCCCGAAACGUUCACCUCAGCCGUCAUGCGUAACCCGGUCAUCUCGGCUGGCGACGUCUGGGGAAGUGAUAUCCCAGAUUGGUACUUUAGUGAAUUUGGUUAUGACUUCCAUAUGUCACAGUCGCCGCCGUAUACUGUUGGUUCGCGAGAAUAUGAGGCAUUACAGCACGCAUCGCCCGUAUCGUACGUACAGGACGUGCGCGCUGCGGUGCUUCUGAUGCUGGGUGGAUCAGACCAUCGAGUGAACCCGAAGCAAGGAUUGGGAUAUUAUCAUGCCUUGAAAGGCAGAGAGGGGAACAGGAAAGUAGAUUUGUUAUGGUUUGAUGGGGAGGGCCACCCCCUGGAAGGGGUCGAGGCUUCUCGGGUUGGAUGGGAACGCACCCGGGAUUGGUUCCAGUCUGCGUGAGUAGUAGCAAGCCGUUUUUGGGAUCAUUAGUGGGAGCAAAUGGGUGGCUGUGACGUUUCUUGGACGUUAAUGUGAUUAAAUAGUACCUUGCCGAGGUUCAAUUAUGGAGAUGAUGGCAUAAAUGUAGUAAGGGUCUUGUAAGGGUCACAGUCCCC